AAGUGGAGAUUUGAUUUACAAUUAUGUAUGUUGUUGGUUUUUUUAGAUGACAUGCAUAAGGUUGGUAAGUGUCACUGUUGUACUGGGUAGAGUCAUUAAGAAAGGGGAGGGUACUAUUUAGAUGGGAAAGGAAGAGGAGGAGAACAUGGAAGAGGGUGGAGAAAUUGUUAGAUAAAGAGAAAGAGAGAAACAGAAAGGGAGUGCAGGCAAUAACAAAUGCUUCUCAUGACUUGUUGGGAUAUCUUGUUCUUAACCUUCCUGGGCAUGGAAUUCAAAAUGGAAAUAUACUACUUUGGAGAGUUUUGAGUGAUCUACAGAGACAGUCAGGGGAUUGGACAAAAAGCACUGUGAGGGUAUUUUGUAGAUAUUCUUUCUCUCACACACACACACACACACACACACUUGGACAGACCAUUCACAAGAGGACGGCAGACAACCCUCUCCCCAGCACUAAUCUCAGGAUGAUAGGGAGCUGUGUCAAAGACUUCUUCACCUACGAGACCACCAAGUCUGUGGUGGUCAAGAGCUGGACUAUUGGCAUCAUCAACCGUGUCGUCCAGCUCCUCAUCAUCACCUAUUUCAUCGGUUGGGUGUUUAUGCAUGAGAAGGCUUACCAAACAAGAGACUCAGCCAUUGAGUCAUCUGUCAUGACCAAGGUGAAGGGCUUUGGCAUGUACAAUAACCACAUUAUGGAUGUUGCAGACUAUGUCACCCCAACUCAGGGGGCCUCUGUAUUCUGUCUCAUCACCAAGCUCAUAACCACAGAGAACCAGGUGCAGGGCCAGUGCCCACAGUUUAUGUCCCCCAAAGAACGAAAAUAUAUCUGCAGCAAUGAUGAAAUGUGCCAAAAUGUAAGGUCGCCCAGUAAUGGUGUGUUGACCGGCAAGUGUGUGCCCUUCAAUGGAAAGAACAAAUCCUGUGAGAUCAAAGGCUGGUGUCCUGCUGAGAAUGAUGAGGUCAAAAUGACACCCAUGAUGGAGGUGGAAAAUUUUACAAUCUUCAUCAAGAACAGCAUUCGCUUUCCCCUUUUCAACUUUACCAAGGGUAAUAUCUUGCUCAACAUUACCGACAAGUACAUUAAAUCGUGUAAUUUUGAUCCAGUUCACCAGAGAUACUGUCCCAUAUUCAAAGUGGGUGAUGUGCUUCGAUUUGCCCAACAGAACCUCUCCAUUCUGGCCGACAAAGGAGGGGUGAUUGGAAUAAAGAUUGGCUGGGUCUGUGACUUGGACAAGUCUGAAGAUGAAUGCAACCCUACAUACUCCUUCACCCGUCUAGAUGCUGUGUCACAACAGAAUAAUGUGUCUCCCGGAUACAAUUUCAGGUUUGCCAAGUACUACAAGACGGAGAAUGGAACAGAGCACCGCACUUUAUAUAAAGCCUAUGCCAUUCGAUUUGAUGUGAUAGUUAAUGGAAAUGCAGGGAAGUUCGACAUGAUCCCUACUCUUAUUAACAUGGUUGCAGCCUUCACGUCUGUGGGUGUGGGAACUGUACUCUGUGACAUCAUUCUCCUAAACUUCCUGAAGGGAGCUGACCAAUACAAGGCCAAAAAAUUUGAAGAGAUUACAGAGGCUGAAGUUGAGAGGUCUGCCUCCAUAGAUGGCAUGUAUCGGACCAGAGAGCAAAGUCAGUUGACCAUCAGGCUGGAUGAAAAGGACUCAAAUGACUCUGGGGAUUUUUCCUUGGGGCGGUUUGCUUAACAGAUCAAAAGAACAAUACAAAAAAAUGUAUGUAGUAUUUCAGUCUUAAAUUAGCAUAGAGUGUGAAAAAUAUUUGUUUGUUUGCCCAUUUACUUGUCCACUAUAGCAAUAAAGAAAUUUAAAAUUA